AUGUCUCCGGUGAGAGUAAUCCACGCGAGCUACGUCAAUGUGCCGGCGACGGCCGCGCUGCCGCUGGAGCCGAUCAAGCUCACCGCGAUGGAGGCAAUUUGGGUCAUCAUGCCAGUGCUGCAGCACGUCCUGCUCUACGAGGGCGCCGACAUGCCGCCCUUCGAGGACAUUCUGCAGGCCCUCCGGUCCUCCCUCGCCGUGACCCUGGGCAGCUUCGCGCCGCUCGCGGGCAAGCUCGUCCACCUCAAGGACACUGGCGACGUCGCCAUCAGCUGCUCCGCCUCCGACAGCGUCAAGUUCGUCGUGGCGGAGUCUGACGCGGACGUCCGCCGCCUCGCCCGGGACGAGGAGCACGACCUGCCCGUGCUCGAGCAACUCGUUCCUGACGUCGACAUGAGCAAGCUGCCGGCAGCCGUGCUCGCCGUGCAGGCCACGAGGUUCAACGGCGGCGUGGCUGUCGGGGUGACCGUGCACCACGCCGUCGCGGACGGGCGGUCAUUGUGGACGUUCGUGGAGGCGUGGGCAACUGCUUGCCGGGGUGAGACGCCGGCGUUGACACCUUCCUUCGACCGCUCGCUCGUCAAGCUGCCCCGUGGCGAGGAGGAGGAGGCCAGGAGAAUCUUCCAUGAGUGGGCGCCGAAUCUUCCUUUGGUGACAACGCCACCGUUGUUCUUAGAGGACCGCCCGCGGUUCACCCGCCGGACGUUCACCUUGGACAUGCCGGACAUCCAACGCCUGAAGCAGCACAUCGUCCAUCUAGGCGAAGCCCAUGACGCACCUCUCACGGGCCCUCCGUCCACCUUCGUCACCGUCACCGCCCUCGCCUGGACGUGCUUUGCUCGGUGCAAGCCGUUUCCCUUGAACGACGAUUUGCUGCUCUUCUUCUUGGCGGACGUCCGCGGCCGUCUCGACCCUCCCGUCGAUAGGGGAUACGUCGGCGUGUGCCUCACCCGGUGCCUUGUGAUGCUCCCUGCACGAGAGCUCCGCGGCCCACGCGCCCUGCUGACCGCCGCCGCGGCGGUCCAAGAUGAGAUCCGAAGGAUGAACAGGGAUCCUGCCAACCAGCAGAGUCACCUGACCCCGAUUAUGCUGGCCUCAUGGGACCGGCUAAUGAACGUGUCUGGCUCGUCGGCCUUCGCGGCAUAUGACAUCGCCGACUUCGGGUGGGGAACGCCAAGGCGAACCGAGCCCAUCAGGAUGAACCACGACGGUCAGCUGGCGCUGAUGCGUGGAAGGGAUGGCCUUGGAGUACAGGUGUCGGUGUCACUACUCCAACAGGCGCAAAUGGAUGAGUUCAAGUCUCUCUUCCUUGAGCUGGUCCACUCAAAUUAG